AUUAUUAUUUUUUUUUACCUAUAUUUUCUUUUAUUUAUUCUUGCCUAUAAAUUAAUAAAAUAUUCCUUAUUCAACAAGCAACUAAUUAAAAUGGAAGAAGUUAAUCUUAGUGAUGAAGUAAUUGAACAAAUAAAAGAUUUUAACAAUCGGGAAUUAACCAAAGAACAAAAUGCCUUAAUUAAUAAACUAAUACCAAACGAAGGAUUAAAAGAAAAUUAUGAGAUGUAUGGUUUAUGUAAAGAACGUAAACAUAUUAAUACUAGUGAUUUUUGGUGUCAAAUAUGUGAAUCUAAAAGUUUUCAAAAAAAUUUUAAAAAUUGGACUAGUGGAAAUAGUACUGUCGAUGAAUUUAUUCAAAAAGCACAAUUAAAAGCUAAAAAAUUUGAAGAAAUUUUGGAAUGGAUUGAAUAUAAUAAACUUGAAAAUUUUGAAUAUUUGGCCAAAGGAGGAUUUGGAGUUACUUAUAAAGCAAUUUGGAAAGAUGGAUAUAUAAAAAGAGAUUAUAAAAAUGAUAAAUGGAUAAGAAAUGGAGAAACAAAAGUUGCUUUAAAAUGUUUGUAUGAUUCCCAAAACAUUACGACCGAAUUUUUAAAAGAAAUUGAAUCGCAUAUUUUAGCGCAUAAAUCUGGUUGGGUAAUUCGUUGUUUUGGCAUUUCUAAAGAUCCAAAAACAAAUAAUUUUAUUAUGGUUAUGGAAUUGAGAAAAUGUAAUUUAAGACAACAUUUAAAUGAUAAUUUUAAUUCAUUAAAUUGGGAGAAAAAGUUAUAUAUGUUACAAGCUAUUUCAUAUGGUCUUAAGGAUAUCCAUAAUAGUGGAUUAAUUCAUCAAGAUUUUCAUUGUGGUAAUUUAUUGAGUAAUGAAAAACUUGAUAAGGAAGUUUAUAUCACCGAUUUGGGAUUAUGUCAACCAGCAAACGAAAAGAUUUCUCAAGAUAAUAAUAAAAAAGUGUAUGGAGUAUUACCUUAUGUAGCUCCAGAAGUUUUAAGAGAAAAAAAAUAUACUCAAGCAAGUGAUAUUUACGGAUUUGGAAUUAUUGCAUAUGAAAUUUGUACGGGAUUGCCUCCUUAUCAUGAUAUGGCUCAUAAUGCACUUUUAGCUAUAGAAAUUUGUCAAGGAUUGAGACCAAAGAUUGAUUAUAAGAUUCCUCAACUAAUUUUUAACAUAAUUAAUCAAUGUUGGGAUGAAGAUCCUUUAAAACGACCUAAUGCAGAACGUCUUCAUAGCGUGUUUUCUGAUUUACUUUGGAAUAAUAACAAUGAAGAUUUCGCGAUCAUCAGAAAACAAAUUAAAGAAGCAGAUGAAAUCAAUGAAAAGCUAGCAACAUCAUUUCCUCUAUUAUUUAAUGGAGCUCUCUCAUAUAUAAAACAUCCUGAAGCAUUUUACACGAGUAGACAUCUAGAUUUUAGAAAUCUUCCAGAGCCUAAAAAUGCUAAUUUUUUUGAAACCGAAUAUUCAGAUUCUAUAAGCAUUGAUUAUAUUGAACGCAAUAUUAAUUCUAAAGAUUAAAGUGGAAGAAAGUAAUUAAAUACAGACUGCUUGAAGUGAAAAUUUUUGGUAAAGAAGAAGGUUAUUACGAAUAUGGUAUGUAGAAAUUUUUUUUAUGUUAUGUUUAAUAUAUUUAUUAAACAAGUUUUUUUAAAAGAUUUGGUUAAGUUAGCAAACAAUAUAUGUAUUUACAUAGGAUUUUAUUUCAUGAAAAAGUGCACAGUCAAUUGACGUUAAUUUACGAAUCAAUUUUAAUUAAUUUAUUUAUUUUUAUU